CCUUUUCUGUUGUCUGCUGUCAACUGCUUGGGUUUCCCAUGGAUGGCCUAAGAUUGAGCGAAUGGAUUCGCUCUUUGAGUCACAAUUCUCACCGCUUGCAGCAUCUGGUAAACCAUUGUCCAAAUGCGGGAAGUGCAUGCGCUACAUGAAGUACAUUCCAUUGCGACCAUCGCGGCUAUUUUGCCCUACCUGUGAGGAUGUCUAUUUGCUUCCUCAGAAUGGUACCAUAAAGCUUUACAAGGAAUUGACAUGCCCUCUGGACAAUUUUGAGCUUGUACUAUUUUCGCUGUCUGGAGAAGAUGGUAAGACGUUUCCACUCUGCCCAUACUGUUACAACUCACCCCCAUUUGAAGGUGUUGAGACGCUGUCUCUUGGGGUGGUAACCGGUAGACCAGGCACUGGACGAGCUGCUGGCCGGGACCCGGGGGCUACUCAAACUGCCCCAAAAAAUGUAAGGGGUGGGAUGCCCUGUACCAUGUGCCCACAUCCCACCUGUCGACACUCCAUGGUUAAGCAGGGUGUGUGUGGCUGCCCAGAAUGCGACGGCACUCUUGUUCUGGACCCGGUAAGUGCACCGAAAUGGCGUCUCGACUGCAGCCGCUGCAAUUGUCUCGUAUAUCUGCCCGAGAAUGCACACAAGGUGGCGGUCGCAGAGGAGAAAUGCGACGAGUGUGGCUCUGCCCUCCUCGAGGUCAAUUUCCACAAGAACUUGACUCCACUUCAAGACGGAAACACAUUGUACAAGGGGUGCGUGAUUUGUGACGAGUUUUUGACGUCAUUGCUACAGGCUGAAGAAGCGGCAACAGCAGAGAAGCUGCGGCUACAGGCCGAAGCAGACGCAGAUGCCCAGGCUCGCAGCAAGGAAGCCCAGGAUCUGCUGCAGCGGCAUGAAGCCAGUAGCAUCGACAGACUCAAGUUCUGGCACUUUGAACCGAACGGCGACGAGGCAACACCGAAAGAACAGCAUAAGGAGUUCAUGGCCAAGCUCGUGACCAGGUUGGUUUAUACUUGUAACCACCUACAGUCCGAGCUGGCGAACCUCCAGCGGGCCGUGCGGAACCAUAAGACUCAGCACGAGGAUGCCACACGGGCACUGGACGCACGUGUACUGGACCUGGAACAGGCUGUACCAGGACCAGAUGCUGGGGCUUCCAGCAGUGCAUCCUCUAGCCGCCAACUGGAGGAACGCGUUGACCACGUAGUGGCAAUGCUAGGAGACAUAAGUGCCUUCACAGAACCGGCCACCAUCAGCCAGCGGUUCGAGUUGCUGGACACCAAGAUCAGUCAGCAACAGCAGACCGACCACAGCCACAACAACAGCUCGGCGAGGCCAUACAAGAUGCCGACAUUCCGGAUCGAGAAAUUUGAUGACUGCACACAUCAAGACCCAGUCGUCUGGUGGCAAGGAUUUACAACGGAGUUGGGGAUUCACGAGGUCCCUGACCAUUUGUUCAUCAGUGCUCUUUUCAUCAACACCAAGGGAGGAUGUCAGAUCUGGCUCAGCCACAUGGCAACCAUCCACGGCGUCCAGGUUUCAGACCUGUACAAGAAGGUCUCCUGGGAAGAUAUGACAAAGGAAUGGAAGAAGCGGUUCAUCGUCGACGACGCCCCGACACUCGCCAUCAACCGCAUCUUCACGAUGGCUCAAGGGAGCACACCGACACGUGACUGGCUCACGGAUUGGCAGAAGAUCGUGGCAACGCCCGAUUUGGACUUGCCAUUUCCACAUCUGCGGCGUGAGUUCUACAACAGGUCAUGCGCCGCUCUCAGCCUCGCACUUGGUGAUCGCGAGCAGUACAACACUUUCGUAGAGAUCAUCAACAAGGCGAGAGAGCUCAUCAAGACCAACAGGGCGGCUGCACACGAGAAGUCCACGUGGCAGCCAACCUAUGUGGAGAAGGUAAGAACUGGCCCGCGACAGCAGCAGUUCGCUGCAGUCCAGUCGGACAGUGGAGAUAACCCAGCAGCCACACCAGCAUCAAGUGACGGAGAUCAGGUGGCUGCUAUCCAGCCGCGAAGCAACAACAAGUCCCGCAACAAUGGGAAGGCGAAAUCCGCAUCGCAGGCCGGAAAUGGACAGCCAGUACAAGUUCCAUGGGUCAAGUUCGGCUUGACCGAGGCGGAGUACAAGGUCCGCGGCCGCUACGGCAGCUGCUAUUGGUGCAACAACACCAAGCACAAGACGUCCCUGUGCCAGGAUCAGGGCAAGGAGGAUGCGCGACCCCGCCUCAACUCGGGAAACUGAGUUCCGCGGAAGGUGAGGCGA